GCCAGGGCCGCUCCCUUUUCAGUCACUAAAACACUUCUGAUUGGCCACAGUGUUUAAGAGAUCAACGACUAUGUCUGUGAUUGGCUACAUUGCUCAGUGCUGCAGAAACACGUUGGACAUUUGACGUUCUCCAGAGCGCAAACACACACAGACACCGGAGCGUGUGUCAAAUCUGUCACACCAAUAUAUUACAGCAUAAACGAAUUGAAGGUGCUCUUGCUUGUGUUUGAGUUAUGCAGCACACCUGUAGACCCGGGCCUGACCUGGAUUAACUUGUACUGAGAAGAUGUGGGAGAAGGAGAAAGGAUCCGUCAGAUUAAGGAUGGUGGACUUCUGGUACCGACUGUGGCACCUGCCGCUGUUUCUGUGUCUCUCAGGACUCCUGCAGUGGGAUCUGUGCUGCGGUCAGCGUCUGGUCCAGAUCCAGGAAGGUCCUCUGUAUCGAGUGCAAGGAUAUCCCAUCUCCAUAUCCUGUAAUGUUAGUGGGUUUAAAGGCCCGUCUUCACAGGAUUUUGAAUUUAUGGUCAGGAAAUCAAACGUGGAAAUAAAUAUGAUCAGUACUAGAGAGCAAAACUUUGCCUACACAUUGUUCUCCAGUAGGGUAAGGGAAAACGAUAUUGAGAUUGAGAGGCUGUCAGGAUCUUCAGUUCUCUUGAGGAUAAAAAAAUUGCUGGAAGAAGAUGCGGGUGAAUUAUUCUGUCACACCCCAAACACAGAUGGUGGAUAUUUAGGAAGUUAUGAAGCGGCAACAACACUUAACGUGAUUAAGGACACCCUGGUGGCAUCAUACUCUGGCUCUCCCUCCCAGAGCUUGUCUGAAGGUGAUCCUCUUCAGCUUGAGUGUCAGGUCUCCAGCCAAACUUAUCAGCACACCCAUCUGUCGGUCACCUGGUUUGUCCACAGUGAAGAGGAUGAGAAUCCCCGACCAAUCAUCACUCUGAACAGAGAUCUGACUGUAAAGACAGGGGCUGGAUUUGAGGAUCGCUACCAUGCAGGUGUUAUCAGCAUGGAUAAGGUGGAGGACACAACCUACAGACUGAAGAUGUCUCAACUGCAGGAGUCAGACCAGGGGAAGUUCUACUGCAAAGCCAUUGAGUGGAUCCAAGACCCAGACCGUUCCUGGACACAGAUCGCCCACAAAACCAGCUCAGCAUGUAACGUGGAGGUCAAACGAAUUGAAGUGGGCCCUGAUGUAGAUUCAUUCACUGUCUAUAUGAAGGCCUUGAAGGGGCCACUACUGGUGGGAGAUGCACUGGAUAUCCACUGCAGUGUGAAGGCACAGAAUCUUCCUGGUCAUUUAUUUUCAGUGAUUUGGCUGAAGAACCAGAAGAAUGUGGCUCAGAUUGGAUCUUCUGGGAUACUCACUGUGUUUGACAGUUACAAAGAGAGAGAGAAUGCAGCGGAGAUGAGAGCAGUGAAAAUCAGUCACACGGACUACCUGCUGACCAUCCGUUCGGCUACGACUGAAGACCAGGGCCAAUACCAGUGUGAAGUGUGGCAGGAACACAUGAAUGAUGAUGGCACCUUCAGAAAAAUACAAAAACAACUGUCCAGUCCAGAGACUGUGAGCAUCACGGCCAAAGAGAGUGAUCUGACGGUGGUCAUGGUGAUGAAGGAUGAGAUGACUGAGGGAGAUACACUACAGGUCACCUGCUCGGUGUCGGGAUUCAAAGGUCCUUUAUCAGUGUCAUGGCAACACAAGAAAGACUCAGGGGAUUCCUUCAGUGAUGUCAUUAGUCUGACCCAUGAGGGAGUAAUGAAAGAUAUUGGGACAAGGUAUCAGAGCAGACAUGUUCAAACACUCCAUUCUCCAGCUGGAAACUUGACCCUGGAGAUUGGUGCAUCUACAACAUCUGACAGUGGCGAAUACAGGUGCAUUGUGUCUGAAUGGGCCGUACAGAGCAAUGGCGAGAUGACGAAAGCCAACACCCAGUCUCAGCAAAAAGCCAUUUCAGUUAAUUCUGUUGAAUCUCAAAUGACGGUGACCUUGAAAAGUCGGACAACAAAUGUGCCUAUAAAUUCUUCAGUAGAAUUACUAUGUACAGUCAAAGGACCUAAAGUGCCUUUGGGUGUACGCUGGAUGUUUCGGCUCCCCAAUUCAACUGUACAAAGGAAUAUUUUAUCCAUACGCCACACUGGAGAAAUCUCCUGGGGAGCAGAUCAGAGAAACUAUCAGCUAUCCGUUCAGAUACAGCCGUCAGCAACAGUUUUUUUGCUCAUAGUGCCACGAGCCAGCAAGCAACAAGAAGGACAGUACCAGUGCCAAGCUGAUGCCUAUCAAAAGGAUGUACAGAAAGCCAUGAAGAACUCCAACCCAUUGGCUGUGACAGUACGAAAACCUGAGAGCAAGUUGAGCCUGUCCAAACUCAAGUCUCGUCUGGAAACCACCGCCAACACUGAUGCUAUGAUUGAAUGCUCAGUCCUGACGACAACCACAGAUACAUCUCGUUUCAUGAUAACAUGGAUGAUUGGGACCCAGAUGCUCUUAACUAUGGACCUAGAUGCUGUUGUCAAGUUUGGCCCCGCAGCUGGACCAGAGGAGGACCAGAGAAUCCGCAUGGAAGUAAGACAGAAACAGACAUUCCAGUUGACUGUCCGUCAGGUCAGAACAUCUGACAGUGGACAGUAUCGUUGUGAGGUGGACGAGUGGCUUCAGGAUCCUCUUGGUGACUGGUAUUCCCUAAAGAAACUGUCUGAUUCCACAGAGCUUGUUGUCAGAGAGAAAGAAAGUAAACUGAGUGUUAAGAAGGAGAACAAAAUGCUCAACAUUACCAAUCUUCAGGCUGAGUUCACCGUUGACUGUGUCAUUGACUCACAGUCCAGUGAUAAUUCUGCCUUUGAGGUCACCUGGUUCAAGGUUCAGGAGGAAGGAAGACCAGUCGCUAUAUUCACUGCCAAGCGUGAUGGUACCCUACACAGCGCAAUUAAUGAUAAAUAUGUGGUGUUUGGACGACCACUUGCCACACACUACAAACUGACUGUGCCACAGAUCAACCCCACUGAUGUGGGGCAAUACUACUGUCAGGUAGUGGAGUGGCUUCCAACUGCUGACAACUGGAGGAAAUUUGCUUCGGAUAAAUCUGGAGAGCUCUCUGUCCAUGUUCACACUGAAGGUGAUUCCAAAAAAUUGAUAGACCUGUUUGGACUAACACUGGGAAUCACUAUUCCUCUGAUUUGUUUUCUGGUAUUGGUCAUAAUAUUGUUGUUGGGAAGGAAGCACAAGAGGAAUUCUGAUCUGAAGAAAAAGAAAGCCUGUCUGUGGUCUGAAAACCACCCCCUUAACUCUGUGCCGAAGGUGACUUCUUCUGCAAGGCACCAUUCCUAACCUGUCUUCCAGUUACAGUAUCAAUCAGACGGGCCUGUGACAUAAACAAAGUAUUGUUAUUGUCACGAUCUAUGUGUUUUUCAUGGACUUUUAAUUUGUAGAUUAUUCUUUCCUGUUUCCUUUGUUUCUGCUUUUUUUGGUUAUCAUGGUUACUCAUUGUUCAUGGAUUACACACACCUGUUCUCAGUGUAUAUUUCAUGCCUGCAGCUCUGUCACUGUUUGUCUGUUGUUUUCUGUGCUUGUGAAUACCAUUGCAUUGCCUUCAUGUUUGGACCUGUUUUGGAGUUUUGUUAGAUAAAGUACACUGCAUUUUAGAUUCACUUCACUUCACCUCACCUCAUCUUCAUCCUCCGCCCAGCUAUGACAGAACACCAGACUGAAGAAAGGAUUUAUUAUAAAAUGGAUCUAGCAGUGGUACAGAUCCUCCUACUCUCACAAGAGGAUUGCUCCCUUGAGGAGCACACAGAGAGCUUUAUUCCAAACAAAGGCUCACCUGCUCAGAGAUGAUCCUCAAGGUACAUUCAUUGAAUAUGUGGACUGGGAACUUCGUCGAUGUGGAUCCGCAAUACUAUCAGUAAGUGGGAGGAAGAUCUCAUCGCUCCGACAGUUCACUCCAUCCACACUUCUGAAACCAUCCAGUCCUUUCUCGAGUCCACUCCCUCCACAGAAUUAGAGAUGACACUCACAAUAGCCCCAGUGCCAGAGACAAUGCCCGCAACAGAGCCAGAGCCUGCAACCUCAUUCGUCCCUGAAACAAAGCCUGCCGUCCAGUCUGACUAGGUGUGUGAGCUGGUUUAUACCUGUGUCAGUGGGAGUACUAGUGGAGCUGGAUGAUGAAGCACUUCCUGCUCUGCUGGUUCUGCCCAACUCUAAGUCUUUGUCGCCACCGUCGUUCUUUCUGCUCCACCAGGCUCCCUCGUACCUCUGGCUCCACCUUCCCUCCAGCUGCGCCUCAGUCCUCCCACACUGGCUUCCCACACUUACAUUUAAGUAACACAUUUCAAUUUAGCAAUAAUGAACUGUCCUAUAAAUGUUAUUUCUUAUGUUCAACUUGUGUUAUAUAGGCUUAUAUUUCAGGCUGGACAAGCCAAUGUGCAUGUGCAGACCUAAGUGUGCAUCUGAGGGGACUGACUGUUUCUACAGCAUAUAGACAAUUUUACAAGGGUGAAAACAAGGCUGUCAGAGAGAGACUUAGUCUUUACAAUGGCAUGCACACUAUGAAGGUAUAGAUCAGAUGUUAUUUUCAGUACCCACAACUUUCAAAACUUUUUUUAUAUGACUUUUGUCAACUGAACAAUCCAAUAGUCAAAAAAUAAAUAUGGUGCUACCCUGAGCUGUCUUUGAAAGACUUUUCUCUAAACGCAUUAAGAGAAAAUCAUGUUAUGUGUGUACAUUCGGCAUGGAUGAGUAGAUUACAAUGAUAUGUUAGUUUUAUGUUUGUGAAUUAUUAUUUUUUUUUAAUUUUUUUUUUUUACUUUGCUUUAAAAUGUACACACAUGCAUGUUUACAUUUUUAAACAUUUGAGACUUUGAGAAACAUAACUUUAGAAAUAUAACUUGUCUGAUCUGUAACCACAAAUGGAUGGCCUUUGUAAUGUCAUAAUUGCAAAUUCAUUAUUCUAGAAAUUUCCCCCAUAAUGCAAAUAUAUUUGAGACCGUGUCUGAUAUAGGGCCUAAGCCUUCACCAGCAUCACCAUGGAAACCUUCCUUCAUAUUUGCACACCAUGUAAAUAAAUUUGCACUCUGACUUUG